AUGUCGGUCCGAGGCCUCAAUUUGUUCCGAUACGCCUCAGUAAACGAAGGCGUGUAUCAGUGCAUUGAAUGUGCGAAAGAGAACAUACAGAAGACGUUUAAAAACAAGUAUUCAUUCCAACGGCACGCGUUCCUUUACCACGAGGGGCAGCAGCGGAAAGUUUUUCCAUGCCCAGUGUGCUGUAAGGAGUUCUCGAGGCCCGACAAGAUGAAAAACCACAUGAAGACGACGCACGAUUGCUACGUUCCUAAGGACUGUGUGUAUCCAUCGAACGCAUUUUUCAUGAUGCCGGGGAUGGAGGGCCAGCUGCCACCCGGGAUCAAGCUGGAGGCUAUCGGGUCAGCCUCCCCCCGGGGCUCGACGCCCUCGCAUUCGUCCCCCGAUCCUACCCAAGUUUGA